AUGACUCAUGAGUUUGCCAAACUCAUGAGCUGUGAGUUUGAGAUGAGCAUGAUGGGAGAGCUGAAUUACUUCUUGGGGUCACAAGUAAAACAAACAUCAUCUGGGAUAAUGAUCUAUCAACAGAAGUAUGUCAAAGUACUUCUCAAGAGAUUCUCCAUGGAAGAGGGUAAAGAGAUCAGUACUCCUAUUGCCGCUACCACAGAGUUUGAUUUAGAUGAAAAAGGUCCUGAUGUGGAGGAAAAGAUAUAUAGAGGUAUGAUAGGAUCAUUAUUAUAUCUCACAGCAAGCAGGCCUGACAUUGUAUUCAGUAUAGGGCUAUGUGCUAGAUUUCAAGCAAAUCCUAAAGAAUCACAUCUAAAAUCAGUGAAAAGGAUCUUCGGAUACUUGAAGGGAACUAGUGAUCUUGGCUUAUGGUAUCCCAAAGGUAGUAACUUUAAUAUGGUAGGUUACUCUGAUGCUAAUUAUGCAGGAUAUUUGGUAGACAGAAAAAGCACUACAGGCAUGCCUCACUUCCUUGGAUCAUGUUUGAUUACCUGGUCCACUAAGAAGAAAAAUUCAGUAGCAUUAUCUACCGCUGAAGCUGAAUAUGUUGCUGCAAGUUCUUGUUGCGCUCAAUUUCUAUGGAUUAAGCAAUAA